GCCAACUGCUCACAUUCCUGCCCCCUUUUCUUUUGGGACUCGGAGGUCCUGAGUGGCAGAGUGGCAUCGGAGGCCACACUAAAUCUGCAAGGAGAGGGUGAGAAAGGAAACCUGGAAAACAACAAUAAACCAGGUUUACUCCGCGGACCCGUUUCUGGAGGUGCAAACCGAAGGGAGACGGAGACGUGAAUUCCAGGGGUCUGACCUGACCCGCCUCCUCCUCCUCCUCCUCCUCCUCCUCCUCCUCAGGAUGGGAUCCCCCGUGGCGUUUGCAUGCCUGCUGUUGGCGCUUUCCGCUCUGGGAGGGCAGCGCCCGGUGUCCGGGGGCUGUUCAGGCCGAUGCUGCCGGGGCAGAGACCUGAGCUGUCUGACCACCGGCUGGAGGAUGGACCGCACGUACGGGACGUGCUACUGCGACGAGGGCUGCGCGAGGACCAGGGACUGCUGCUUUGACUACUUCACAGAGUGCCCAGCUCAGGACUGCGCUGUGGGCGACUGGAGCUAUUGGAGCGGCUGCGCCGAGGCCUGCCGGCCUUCGGUGAGGGUCCGGGUGCGUCACGUAGAGCGGCGGCCCAGUAACAGCGGGGAGCCCUGUCCCGGCCUGGAGCAGCGCAGCGGCUGCAGGGAGUACAGAGACCGCGAGGGGGGCCGCUGUGGACUAAACUCAGGUCCCGCGUUCAUCACCAGCAUGGAGUUCGGAAAGGCAAGGCCGAAGCACGACAGCUACGGAAACCCCCUGGACCCCGGGUUCUGUGUGGAAUUCACACUGGAGUCCCGGACGCCCCAUUGUACAGUGGAGAACCGGCCACACACGCACUGGAUGCGCUACAUAGCAGAAGGGUUUAAAGUGUGUGUGGCGUGUGAACCUCCUGCCAUGCACAACAACAGUGGCAGCUGCCAAGGCGACGGCCUGGAAUCAGAGAAAGAAGCUUUGCUCCACUGGCAGGCCGUGGGGAACCAUCAGUGCAGCGGGACCUGGAAGAAGAUCCGCAGGACGCAGCGGUGCACCUGUCCGCCGCAGCACAGCUUCGUCUUUAUCUGAUGGUGGACACGCCGCCCGGGGGCCCCCCCCAAGUGAGAGAUCGGAGGGCUUUGAGUGGCUUGCGAGUCUAAGAGACUGUGGUGGAAUGCAAUGUCGUGUCUUAUAUAAUAAUAUGCUAUUGAGAUAAAAGUGUGUUUAACGCUAUCACCGUGCACGUUCCCCUUGUUCAGUUACUUUGCAGCUCGCCAUGUACAGACAGGUUUGGAACUUGUUCAAAUUCACCCAUUUUAUUACACAUUAAGCAGCUAUCAAAGACAUUUGGUAAUCACUUUAAUUGUAACAAUUUCUUUCCCUUCCCUAAAGUGAGUUGGGUGCCCUCUAGGGGUAUGAAAAAUAUGUACACCACACAUAGAAAGGAUCCAUUUUCAGAGUUUAGCGACUAGGAAGCUGAGUCUUAAUUUGCUGGGCUUGUAUAUACAAGCCAACACGACAGCUGUAAGAGUCUUAUGUGCAUUUAAAACAUGACAAAACAUGACAUUGGUGACCAAUGUCACAGAACUUAAGUGAUUUUAUAAACUAGGACGUGUUGUAAUAUAUAGAACUCUAUAUAUUAUAUUAUUAUAUAAUAG